GCUCCAUCUAGCAUGUCUGGUUGAAUUUCACGGCUGCUGUUUUUCGCUCUGCUUCAUACCAAUCUCACAGCGGAUCAAUUCGGAGGAACAAAUCGGGACCUUAGAAGGUUUUUGGUGGAAUACUACGCAGCAUCCGCUACUCUCUAUCGUUUAGCGCCAUCUUCAAGUCCCUCUUGCAUUCCUGGACUCCUAUUGUUUUUAACCCUUCCGUGACGAAUCAAGCUAAGGUUAUACACUAAAGAAUAAAAAACUAUGGAUAAAGCGGAGCUUAUUCAGAAGGCCAAGUUGGCGGAGCAAGCCGAGCGCUACGAUGACAUGGCCGCCUCGAUGAAGGAGGUAACGGAACAGGGGGGCGAGCUGUCAAACGAGGAGAGGAACCUGCUAUCUGUCGCAUACAAGAACGUGGUCGGAGCACGGCGGUCGGCAUGGAGGGUGAUCUCCAGCAUCGGACAGAAGACGGAGGGAAGCGACAAGAAGCUCGCAAUGGUCAAUGAAUACCGGGAGAAGGUGGAGGGCGAGCUGAGAGAUAUCUGCAACGACGUACUGGAACUGCUGAAUAAAUAUUUAAUUGAGAACUCCACAAAUGCUGAAAGCAAAGUCUUCUAUCUUAAGAUGAAGGGCGACUACUAUAGAUACCUUGCCGAAGUUGCCUCUGGGAAUGACAAAACAGCAACCAUAGAGCACUCUCAGGAGGCGUACCAGCAGGCGUUUGACAUCAGCAAGAAGGAGAUGGACCCCACGCAUCCCAUCCGCCUGGGCCUGGCCCUCAACUUCUCAGUCUUCUUCUAUGAGAUCCUCAACUCUCCAGAGAAAGCCUGCUCACUGGCCAAACAGGCAUUUGAUGACGCCAUUGCAGAGCUGGACAAACUGAACGAGGAGUCAUACAAAGACAGCACUCUCAUCAUGCAGCUGCUCAGAGACAACCUGACAUUAUGGACAUCCGAUAACGCGCCUGAGGAAGGCGAGGCUGGAGAAGCUGGAGAAGCCGGCGAAGCCGGAGAGAACGAGAACUGAAACUCACACAGGGUCAUCUCUCCAACAAACAAAAAAAGAACCUUUUUACACAUCUCCAUUCCUUUAUUGCUCCACUUAAAGUCUUUUAGCAAUGAAACCCAUUACUGAACAAAAGCUGCAUGUGGAAAUUCCAAAAUAAUUUGACUUUUCACACUGCAGGUUUUGUGCAAAUAAAAGAAAGAAAAAUAUUGAUUGAGGGGGGGGGGGGAUGAAACCUCCAUUCCUUGGUUUGUUUGUCCUGACCUUCCAUACGUGCAGUUUCUCCUGUUAGAAAAGUAUUAAUAGCUUCUUUUUAUCAAUGUUUUAGUCCAAAUUAGAGGAAAAAAUAAGACAUUCUAGGGCUUUUUGCUGAGCUACAGAAUCUUAGUCCCAUCAAAACACAAGGGGAGUUAAGAUGUUGUUAGAACAGGGGUGUUUGUUAAACAAAUUCGAUGAAUUGUUCCCUCACCCUCCAUAGGCUUGUUCUCUAUUUCUCCACACGGUUAUCUUGUAUGGUUACAGCUGCUGACGUCCUCCACACGGUUAUCUUGUAUGGUUACAGCUGCUGACGUCCUCCACACGGUUAUCUUGUAUGGUUACAGCUGCUGACGUCCUCCACACGGUUAUCUUGUAUGGUUACAGCUGCUGACGUCCUCCACACGGUUAUCUUGUAUGGUUACAGCUGCGACGUCCUCCACACGGUUAUCUUGUAUGGUUAUAGCUGCUGACGUCCUCCACACGGUUAUCUUGUAUGGUACAGCUGCUGACGUCCAAUGUGAACAAGUGUAAUUGUUCCUUGCUGCAGGGAGGGCCAGUCAAUGAGCUGGCACCAAGUAUCGCAGCCAGGUGAUUCCAUUGGUUCUGACAACAUUUUUCCUCGCUCCCCCCUGGUUAUGACAUUCACAAUAAAGCAGGUCUGGUUGAAGAGAAGAGGUGGGGGCUUUCUGAAGACCAAAACAAAAAGAAAUACUCCUACAUGCAUGUAAUUUAAUAGUACACUGAAUGGGAACCAAUGCUCUACACACCAAGUCCAAAUGUCCAAUUUAGUACUUUUCAAUGCAGGUUUGUGCACAUGUUAAUUAACAAGGGUGUGUGGUUAGUCCAGUGAUUGUCAUUAGAGAUUUGGACCACUAUGUUUUUGCUAAUCAUCGAUUGUAGUUCCCAAAAGCCUUGUGGAAAUGCCCAAUGUAUCAGCUAUGUAACAUGAAUAAAAUGAAAUUUUAUAAACCCA